AUGGCAAAAAUGAUGAAAGCAGCCGUUGUUACUAAAUUUAAAGAGCCACUGGAAAUUAAAGAUGUAGAGAUCCCAAAACCCAAAGCUAACGAUGUUCUAGUCAAAAUGAUUGUGUGUGGAGUGUGCCAUACCGAUCUUCAUGCUGCUCAUGGUGAUUGGGAUAAUCAGCCACAACUGCCGCGAAUACCUGGUCAUGAAGGAAUUGGUGAAAUUGUCGAAUUGGGAACACAUGUUGAUGCGAAUCAUUUGAAAGUGGGUGAUAUUAUUGGUAUACCAUGGUUGCAUUCUGCAUGUUUACAUUGUGAGUAUUGUUAUACAAGUCGUGAAACAUUGUGUAAGGAACAAAUUAAUUCGGGUUAUGGAAUCGAUGGAUGUUUCGCCGAAUAUGCAUUAAUGGAUGCUGAUUUUGCAAUAAAAUUGCCAGAAGGUCUAGAUCCAGUUAUCUCUGCUCCGCUGUAUUGCGCUGGUGUAACAACUUAUAAAGCCCUGAAGACUAGUAAUGUGCGCCCAGUAUAUGAUGGUCCAGCCGAUAAACAUGGCUCGUGGAUUCAAGAACAAAUUGGCGGUGUUCAGGCAUCAGUUGUCACAGCCGUAGUUCCAGUUACAUUCGAUCAAGCUUUCAAAUCAGUUAAACGAGGUGGAAGGGUAGUUGCUGUGGGUCUACCAAAAGGAAACAUGUCUGUACCGAUUGUGGAUACUGUUCUUCAAGGUAUCGAACUUGUAGGUAGUAUAGUUGGUACAAGACAAGAUCUUCAAGAAGCACUGGAUCUUGCUAAAUCAAAUAACAUCACAUGCAAAGUACAAACAAAGAAAUUAGAGGAUAUAAAUCAAAUAUUUGAUGAUAUGAUACAUAACAAGAUCAGUGGACGAAUUGUUAUUGAUUUCAGAAAAUGA